CAAGCGUGAGCUCCCAGAGAGAGAGAGCGCAUAACAAACAUGGCGACAGGAUGGUACGGAGGAAAGGGGAUUACGCUGACUUUUAUUCUGUUGCUGUGGCCCGGAGAGUGCCCGAACGCGGCGGAAACGGCGGCCGAGGCCGGAAGCGAGAGCCGUGUCCUCGGCAUGCGCUUGGUGAGAAGCGACAAGCCCGCGGCGACCACCGACGACGGGAUCGUCCAGGUGACGGAGGAGAGCAACAUCUUGCUCAGGUUGUACGGAUUGCACAUCAGCAAUGACACCUUGUCGCAGGUGAAGUUCAUGGAGGUCGGAGACGACGGCGAUGAGCGAGAGAGAUUUAACAGGACUUGCGACGAGUUCACCAAAGACAUCCUCAACAAAGGCGGCGUGAGCGUCAACGGUCAGGGGACCUCGGGGGUCUUGAGCGUAAAGAUCAAGCUGCUGAGGAAAAGUGAGGCGCAGAGGGAUUACGCGCUGUGCAUCAGGAACGACCAGGACUCCACGUGGUACCUGCUGGGAGAGAACGAUGGCAGGAUACGUGUGGUGGAGGAGAAGAAGUCCCUGCUUCCCCUGUGGCUUCAGGUGAUCGUGAUCUGCUGCCUUCUGGUCCUGUCCGGCAUGUUCAGCGGUCUGAACCUGGGUCUCAUGGCUCUGGAUCCCAUGGAGCUGCGCAUCGUCCAGAGCUGUGGCACGGACAAGGAGAAGAAGUACGCACGGAAGAUCGAGCCCAUCCGAAGGAAAGGUAACUACCUGUUGUGCUCGCUCCUUCUUGGGAACGUCCUGGUCAACACCACUCUCACCAUCCUUCUGGACGAUCUCAUAGGGUCAGGCAUCGGCGCUGUAGUGGCUUCCACUAUUGGCAUUGUCAUUUUCGGUGAGAUUGUUCCUCAAGCGAUGUGUUCUCGCCAUGGCCUGGCAGUCGGUGCCAACACCAUCCUGCUGACCAAAUUCUUCAUGCUGGUCACCUUCCCGCUCUCGUAUCCCAUCAGCAAACUCCUGGACUGCAUUUUAGGUCAGGAGAUCGGCACCGUGUACAACCGGGAGAAGCUUGUCGAGAUGUUGAAGGUCACCGAGCCGUAUAACGACCUGGUCAAAGAGGAGCUGAACAUGAUCCAGGGUGCGCUGGAGCUCAGGACCAAAACAGUCGAGGACGUUAUGACGCCGCUUUCGAACUGUUUCAUGAUUCACAGUGAUGCCGUGUUGGACUUCAACACCAUGUCGGAGAUCAUGGAGAGCGGGUAUACGCGCAUCCCUGUCUAUGAGGAGGAGCGCACUAAUAUCGUGGACAUACUGUUCGUGAAGGACUUGGCCUUCGUGGAUCCGGAUGACUGCACCACAUUGAAGACCAUCACCAAGUUUUAUAACCAUCCCGUCCACUUUGUGUUUCAUGACACCAAGCUGGAUUCCAUGCUGGAGGAAUUUAAGAAAGGUAAGUCUCACUUGGCCAUCGUCCAGAAGGUGAACAAUGAAGGUGAGGGCGAUCCGUUCUACGAGGUGCUGGGAUUGGUGACGUUGGAGGACGUCAUCGAAGAGAUCAUCAAAUCAGAGAUUCUGGAUGAGUCUGAUCUUUACACUGACAAUCGGACCAGAAAGAAGGUGGCGCCCAAUAAAAACAAGCGUGACUUCUCUGCCUUUAAGCAUGAGAGCGAAUCUAAAGUUAAAAUCUCUCCUCAGCUACUAUUGGCUGCCCACCGAUUCCUUGCCACAGAAGUAAACCUAUUCAGCCAGUCUCAGAUCUCUGAGAAAGUCCUGCUGAGGAUCUUAAGGCACCCCGACGUCAUUCAGGAUAUCAAAUUCAACGAGAAUGACAAGCGAUCGCCUCAUCAUUACCUGUACCAGCGUGGCAAAGCUGUCGAUUACUUCAUCCUUAUACUGCAGGGUCGUGUGGAGGUGGAGGCUGGUAAUGAGAAUAUGAAGUUUGAGACGGGGCCUUUCUCCUACUAUGGUGUCAUGGCACUUAACGCCACAUUAGAGUUUCGUUCACCGUCUCACAUCAGCGGACUAAACCGUUCGUCGUCUCUUAACUACACGGAUCGCUCUGAGUCCCUGUCCAUCAGUGGCAGCAACACGCAGCUGAACAGCUCCUUAUCUGCACAGUACGUCCCCGACUUCAACGUACGUGCGCUGACGGACCUGCAGAUCGUCAAGAUCACUCGGUCUCAGUACCAGAACGGUCUGAUGGCGUCUCGCUUGGACAAUUCCCCCCAGUCUCCCGACAGCGGGCAGAUGCGCCCGGACAACAACACGCCUGUGGUGUCUCAAUCUCCAUCCGACAACACGCUCACACUCCCCAUGACGGACACGCCGCCGGACGAGCACACUUCACUCCUGAACGAGCAGAACUGCCUGUCAACUCGCCAGUCCAAUCACAGCACACACAGCGAGAUCUGACACUCGCGCACAACUUUCUAACAGCAUGCUUAGAGACUACCAUCAAACACACUAAUUUAUACACACACACACACAGACUGUUUUUCCAGCCUGAUUAGCGAAACCGGCA